AUGCGUUCACUGCUAAUACUGCUUGCACUCCUUCUCCUCACGGCUGUGGAUGCUACCAGCGUCUCGACCACAGCGCCCAUUGCAUCGGCUUGCCAAGUGUGCGCCUCCACGGGUCGGUGCCUCAACGCGGGUCCCAACGGCGAUGCCGGCAAGUACUGCGGCGUCCUCCUCGACAAGGCGGCGCUGACAUCCCAAGCUUGCUGCUGCUCGGUCGCGCAGAUUUGCCCGACGCCGAGCCAAGGCGCCGUGUGUGACUGCGCCGGCGUCAAGACGGCGCCCCCGGAGAAGGCCUCGUACGACUACACAUGGGUCAUUGUCGUCGCGUCGACGGUUGGUCCAUUCUUCCUCUUUGCUCUUUGCGCUGUCUGCUUGGGCUGGAUCGACUCGUGCAGCCAGUGUUGCGCGGAGCGUCGGCAGCGCAAGGUCGCCAAGCAACGCGAGCGAGCGAAGCGGCAGCGCGAACGCGACGAACAAGAGCGGGCCGAGGCCGCGAUGCCACAAGCCGUGAUUGUCUCUGAGAUCCCCGCGCCCACUGCCUUGUACGUUGCCCAAGCGACGCCUGUGUAUGCUGGCGCCUCAAAGUAAGAACGGGCGAUUUGACUUCUGUAUUUAAGGGCAACGUGGUUUUGACACAAAUCGCAGACUGUAUUUUGGACUCUGG